AUGGGAUCCAGUUCCAGGUUGCCAUUACAAGAGAAGGUUACUAAUGCUCAUGUGGAUGAAUACAAGUAUAAGGUUACCGAUACUCCAGUGUCGUCGUAUAAGAAUAAAUCCAAGAUUAAUACUCCACCACAAAGCAUUCAUAUUACCAGUAAGAAUCGUACCAAUAGUAUGUUGGAUACUCCUAUAAAUAAGAGUGUGAACGGUGGUGGUAAUCAGACGAUCGAUAAACAAGAGUUGACCUUACUUUCACCGGCGUUUUCUUCACCGCAAAAUUCGUACUUUGAUGCUAAGCAAGACGAUUCGCGUCACCAUCAACUGCAACCGCAACAUUAUAUGGCCAUGCCACCGCCUAAACCAUCGUUUGAAUUGGAAGACGCUGGCAAAGAACCAUCGUCGUCCAAUUCAUUGACGGUUUCGAUUGGCCUGGAUGAUAAUGAACGACCAUUACCUAAAAAGAAACAAAAGAAACCCAAAGAGUUGAAAGAAUCCGGGUUUUCUAUAGAAUCAGAUGAAAAACCUCCAUACUCGUAUGCUACGUUGAUUGGAAUGUCUAUUCUAACCACCAAGUCGAAAAAACUAACUCUUUCUUCGAUUUAUCAAUGGAUAUCUGAUACUUUCAAGUAUUAUAAACGUGAAGACGUUGGAUGGCAGAAUUCAAUUAGACAUAAUCUAUCAUUGAAUAAAGCUUUCAUCAAAGGUGAUAAGUCAAAAGAUGGUAAGGGCCAUUAUUGGUGUAUUAAACCAGGAUUCGAAGAACAAUUUUUAAGAUCAAGAAAUAAUAAAAAAUCGGGUUAUCAUGAAAUAAUGGAUCAGUUGAAAAAAUAUCCAAAUCACCCAAAUUACCCAACUCAUCACUUUGGGGAAAGACCCGUUGACAUCGAGGCUAAACCAAUCCAUCGUUCCAUCAAUUCUAUUCCUUCCUCGCCUAAUCUUGCUGAAGAUGAAGAUGAACAACCAAUCAAAAAAAGAAAUCGUUCAGAAAUCGACGAUGACUUUAAUUAUCGUGACAGCGAUGAUGACGAAACUAAUUUUAAUGAAGAUAAUGAUCAUAAAUAUAGUCGUGCUAUUUUGGAUCAUCCUUUCAAAAAACAAAAAUUGGUUGAUGAUGAUGAGGACUAUGAAGAUGACGAAUGGGAAACAACUAAAUUGAUAACAACUCCAAAAUCUGGGAAAAAUCAUCCUAAUUUCAUAAUCAGCGAAUCUCCAAAUAAACCAUUAUUGGCCGGUAAGAAUUUAACCUUCACUUCAAGUUUUAGUUGUCAAUCUAAUUUUGAAUUAUCCCCAAUAAGAACCAGCGAAACUGGUCCUUUACUCGAACCUUUAACUCCUGCCAAUAAUAAUUAUAAAAGUUCAGCCAAUGUAAUCCAAAUUCCUCCUCCUAUUCAUUUAAACCAUUCUAAUUCAAAUAACCAUCUUCACCCCCAUUAUUCCCUUUCUCAAUACCAUCACCCAGGUCAGUCCCAACCACCUUCCCAAUUACAGCAUCCUCUCAAUAACUUAAAAACCACUCCGAAAUCAAAUAUUAAAACUCCAUUAAGAAUCUUGAAAACUCCUCAAACAUCAUCGAUAAUGAAAAGAUUAUGGAAUUCUCCUUCCUAUCUUGAUGAUUUUUAUUAUUCUCCAUUACUCAGCUCCUCCCAUGGUGCAUUGAACUCGUACGAUGAUGAUGAUAUGAUCAUGAGAGCUUUUGAAAGCCCAGCUAAUAAUCAAGUAAAUCAAAAAACUGCGAAAAAAAAUUUAUCUUCAAGUAUUGAUUCAAGUCGUAACUUAUUUGAUGAUUUGAAAAAAAUUGACUCCUUAACUUCAACUAGCUCAAUUGAUUCUACAGAAAAAAAGGAUCCAGAUCAUCAUCGUUCGGAUUCGAACCUCACGGAUGCUGACUAA